AUGAUGCGUCUGGGACUAGAAACCGCAGGAGCCCUGGCUUUGCUGUGCGCGCUCCUGGGGACGCAGUGUGCGGAUGGCUUCAGGAAGAUCCGCUACUCGGUGCCAGAGGAGCUGGACAAAGGCUCCUUCGUGGGCAACAUCUCCAAGGACCUGGGUCUGGAGCCCCGCCAGCUGGCGGAGCGCGGGGUCCGCAUCGUCUCCAGAGGUAGGUCGCAGCUUUUCUCCCUGAACCCGCGAAGUGGUAGCUUGGUUACCGCAGGCAGGAUAGACCGGGAGGAGCUGUGCGCCCAGAGCGCGCCCUGUCUUGUGAGCUUUAACAUCCUUGUGGAGGAUAAGCUGAAAAUAUUUGAGGUAGAAGUCGCUAUCAGCGAUAUUAAUGAUAAUGCACCUAGCUUUCCAACAGAGGAAUUGGAAAUAAAAAUUGGUGAAUUAACAGAUCCUGGAACUCGAUUUCCACUUAAAACUGCAUUUGACCCAGAUGUGGGCACGAACUCUCUGCAGAACUAUAAGCUCAACCCCAGUGAUUAUUUCUCCUUGGCCACAGAUGACGCCAAGUACCCAGAGCUAGUGCUGGAGCAAGCCUUGGAUCGUGAGAAAAUAGCAGUUCAUCAGCUUGAUCUCAUUGCCUCUGAUGGUGGAGACCCUGUCCACUCCGGCAAAUUGUGCAUCAAGGUGAUAGUCUUAGAUGCAAAUGACAACCCGCCCGUGUUUACUAAGCCAGAGUACCAUGUCAGUGUUCUGGAAAAUGUGCCAGUGGGCACCCGGCUGAUCACAGUGAAUGCCACUGAUCCUGAUGAGGGAUUCAAUGCUCAAGUGUCCUAUAUUCUAGACAAAAUGCCUGGGAAAAUUGCUCAGGUUUUCCAUCUCAAUUCGGUGACUGGAGAUAUAUCAAUACUAAAAAGUCUCGAUUAUGAGGAUGCUGUGUUCUAUGAAAUCAAAAUUGAAGCACAAGAUGGACCAGGUCUUUUUUCAAGAGCCAAGCUUCUUGUCAAGGUUCUGGAUGUGAAUGACAAUGCCCCAGAAGUUUCAAUCACUUCUCUCACAGGCUCAGUCCCAGAAGAAGCCCCUGCUGGACGAGAAAUCGCUCUUAUCAGUGUGCAUGACCGAGAUUCUGGCCAAAAUGGGCAAGUCACGGUUUUUGUCCUAGGAAACCUUCCCUUUACUUUAGAAAAAUCAAUAGACCAAUACUACCGCUUAGUGACAGCUAAGUCUCUGGAUCGUGAACAAGUGUCUCAAUAUAAUAUCAGUCUAAAAGCCACGGACCAGGGAAACCCACCACUGUCCACAGAAACUCAUAUCACUCUGCAUGUGUCAGACAUCAAUGACAACCCUCCUACCUUCACACACACCUCCUAUUCAGCCUAUGUUCCAGAAAACAAUCCUAGGGGAGCCUCCAUCUUCUCUGUUACAGCACAGGACCCGGACACUGACAAGAAUGCACAAAUCACUUACUCAUUGGCUGAGGACACACUUCAGGGGGUGCCACUGUCAUCCUACAUCUCCAUCAACUCCAAUACUGGUGUCCUGUAUGCUCUUUGCUCCUUUGAUUAUGAGCAGUUUAGGGACCUGCAGUUGCAGGUGACAGCUAGUGACAGUGGGAACCCUCCACUCAGCAGCAACAUGACACUGAGCCUAUUUGUGCUAGACCAGAAUGACAACAUGCCUGAAAUCCUGUAUCCUGCCCUCCCAAUAGAUGGUUCUACUGGUGUUGAGUUGGCACCCCGCUCUGCAGAUCCUGGAUACCUGGUGACCAAGGUGGUGGCAGUAGACAAAGACUCAGGACAGAAUGCCUGGCUCUCCUACCGCCUGCUCAAGGCCAGUGAGCCAGGACUUUUCUCAGUGGGGCUGCACACGGGUGAAGUACGCACUGCACGGGCCCUGCUUGACAGAGAUGCCCUCAAGCAGAGCCUAGUGGUGGCUGUGCAGGACCAUGGCCAGCCCCCUCUCUCAGCCACUGUCACACUCACCAUAGCAGUGGCUGAUAGCAUCCCUGAUGUCCUUGGGGACCUGGAAAGCAUCCAUACCCCUGCUAAUCCCAAAGAUUCAGACCUCACACUCUACCUGGUGGUGGCAGUGGCUGUGGUCUCCUGCAUCUUCCUGGCCUUUGUCAUUGUGCUGCUGGCACUUAGACUACGGCGCUGGCACUCAUCACGCCUGCUACAGACUUCAGGAAAUGGAUUGGCUGACAUACCAGCCUCUCACUUUGUGGGUCUGGAUGGGGUGCAAGCUUUCCUGCAGACCUAUUCCCAGGAAGUUUCCCUUACCUCAGGCUCAAGGAAGAGUCACCUGAUCUUUCCACAACCCAACUAUGCAGACACGCUCAUCAGCCAGGAGAGCUGUGGGAAAAGCGAGCCUCUUAUAAUACCUCAAGAUUUACUUGAAACAAAAGAAGACCCCAACCUGCUUGAGGUAAGUUUAUUUCUUUGA